UCGCUGCCAGGGCAGCGAAACAACUUUACUAUUUUUGGUCAUUUUACAAAACAAAACAAAAACAAGAAAAUAAACGAAAAUUACAAAUUACCGACUGAUUACUAUAAGGAAUAGGUACAAAAAACCCAACGUCAUGGCAUCUGGACCAACCACAAAAGAGCGACUUGAACGCCUAAUGGCAGCAAAGGGACAGCUGGAAGCACAAAUCAGCAAAAGUGGACAAAUCCUAGCUCAAAACGACAACGUGGGCAUGAAUGGGUCAUUAGUAGAUGCUGAGGGCUAUCCACGUAAUGACAUUGACAUUUACCAGGUGCGGCAGGCGCGUCAAACAAUAAUUUGUCUGCAGAACGAUCACAAGGAGCUUAUGAAUCAAAUACAAGAGUUGCUUAAUCAGUAUCAUGCUGAAAUAGCCUCUACUGAUCCAGAGCUUGUUAACCGCGCAUCUGCCUUAGAGCUAGAUCGACCCACAGGUGGGGCUGUCAAUCAGUUGGAAGUGCAGGAUUCGCGUACCAUAGUUGUUGUCAAUCUUGUCAGUCCCAACUCGCCGGCUGAGGAGGCGGGCAUACGAGUUGGCGAUCAAAUUUUGCACUUUGGCUCCGUUAAUGGCGGUAACUUUAAAAAUAAUUUGACACAAAUUGGCGAUGUUGUUCGCAAUAUGCAAAAUCAAAAUGUGCAACUGAAAGUGAAGCGUGGCGACAAGCUCCUUGAUUUGCUGCUCGUGCCAAAAACUUGGAGCGGUCGCGGUCUGCUUGGUUGUAACAUAGUCCUACCGCCCGAGCCAAUGGAACAUUAGUUAAGAGUACCAUAUACAUACCUCGGUCUAAGGAGUUAGCAAUAAAAUUGCUUUUAAAUAAUUCGCUCAAGGCGAACUGUCGAAAAAAUAAUAGUUUUGUACUAAAUGGAUGACAUCGAAUUUUCCGCAAACUAAUUCGACUUUGAAAUAAAUUAAAACUAAAACAUUGA